CUUUGAACAAAACGUGGUGAUUUCAGUAAUCAUCCCACUUCGCCAUGUCUCAGUAUCAAUCCGUCGAGCUUUCAUCGGAAAUGGACGGCGCUUGGGUUAAUCUCCCAGAUGCCAACAAUUCCAUCAAUGAUGAAGCCGAAUCCAUGCCAGAUCGUGUCCAAAGAGUGCGAUUCGAUCUCAAGGAGCUCCUCAAGUUCUACAGCAUCACCAUAUCUCCGCGGCGCCAUGCGAGACUGGCGCAAUUCUACUCAGACGAGCUUGGAUCGUUGUUCCAGGUUCCCUUCGAGGACCUCUCACAGCAACAUAGGGUCGACUUUAUCCUGCUGCGAAAUUUCCUCAGGCGAGAGCAACGCCAGCUGCAUUUAGAUGAAAAAGCGCAGAAAGCAGCCGGCUUCCUUUUGCCCUUUGCGCCGCUCAUAGUCUCCCUUUGCGAGUCUCGGCAAGAUGUCGACCAGAUGCAAGGAGACAAGGCGGCCGGGGCACUAGAUGCGAUCAAGCGCGGCAUCUGCCAGACCCAAGAUGAAGUGGAAGCGGGCAAAUUACACACCAGCAAAACCACUGCGUACAAAGCCACGCAAAUCCUUAUUGAACUCCGUGGCCAUCUCCAGGAACUCUUGCGCUUCUACUCCUCGUACGACCCAAUGUUUGACUGGUGGGCGACAAAACCCUGGCAGGAAGCAGACGCGGCCAUAUCGCAGUACCUUGCUGUCAUCCAAACUAAACUGGCGGGGAUGCGGCCCGGCGCUGAGGAUGAGAUCAUCGGGGAACCUAUUGGAAGAGCCGGACUGCUCGUCGAACUCGAGGCCGAAAUGAUCCCCUACACACCAGAGGAGUUGAUCAAACUCGCGGAAGAAAAGUACAAAUGGUGCCAAACGCAGAUGAUAGCUGCCUCGGAGGAACUGGGAUAUGAACAAGACUGGAAGAAGGCUUUGGAAUACGUAAAAACACGGUCCGUACCUCCCGGCCAGCAAACGCAGCUCGUCAUGCAGCUCGCUCGCGAGGGGACGGAGUUUGUUCAAAAGCACGACCUCGUCUCGGUCCCCAAGAUCGCCGACGAGACAUAUCGCAUGUUCACCAUGUCCGCAGAGCGCCAAAAGGAGAACCCGUUCUUCCUGGGAGGCCCGUCGAUCAUCGUGUCCUCGCCAACAGCCGACAUGUCGCACGAGCUGAAGAAGAUGGUCAUGAGAGGGAACAACACGCACUUCUCUCGCGCCACGGCCUUCCACGAGCUCAUUCCCGGACACAGGCUGCAACUGUACAUGGGCAAGCGCCACCACAGCCAUCGAACCAUGUUCGAAACCCCCUUCUUCGUCGAGGGCUGGGCCAUGUACUGGGAGCUCGUGUUCUGGGAGAUGGGCAACUUCUUCGUGUCGCCGGAGGACCGCAUCGGGACGCUGUUCUGGCGCAUGCACCGCUGCGCGCGCAUCAUCUUUUCCCUCAAGUUCCACCUCGGCGACAUGACGCCCCAGGAGUGCGUCGACCUGCUGGUGAACUGGGUAGGCCACGAGCGGUCGAACGCCGAAGCCGAGGUGAGGCGAUCCUUCACUGGCGACUACUCGCCCCUGUAUCAAGUCGGCUACAUGCUUGGCGCGUUGCAGAUCUUCGAGCUGCGGAACGAAGCUUUGGGACAGGGGCGGUUCAAGGAGAAGGAGUUCCACGACCAGGUUCUGAAGGCGAAUACCAUGCCCAUUGAGCUGUUGCGGGCACUUCUGCUUGGUCUGGAGCUAAGUCCCGACUACAAAGCCAAAUGGAGAUUCUACUAGAUGUGUAGAGCAGAGUUGUCCCGAGUUAACCUCUCGUUGCCAUGCCUCGGGUUGCCAUGGAUACUUUCGACGGAACGGUUGCUUCAUGUUUAGUCUUGGUCUAUUCACAUUGCACUGCAGUUAAAUAAACU